UCAAUCCCUAACGCACUCUCAUCUUCAUGGCGUCUCACACUCCCUCCAACAAAACCCUAACCCUAGACUCAACCCAUCUCUUCCUCACCAUCCAAUCCUCCCCUUCUAAUUUCCUCACUUUUCCUCCUAUUCCAUCCACUUUCCCUCCCUCCAAACACAUCCCCAAAACCCGCUUUCUCAUCGACGCAUUCCGUCACGCCUCCGAUUUCUCCGUCUCUUACUUUCUCUCCCACUUUCACUCUGAUCACUACACCGGUCUUUCCCCUUCUUGGUCCAAAGGCAUCAUUUUUUGCUCUGAUAUUACUUCUAGACUUCUUAUUCAGGUACUUAAGGUUGAACCCAAGUUUGUAUUUGCAUUGCCUAUUCAAGAACGUGUCGUGAUUGAUGAUUGUGAGGUUGUGCUUGUUGAGGCCAAUCAUUGCCCUGGUGCUGUCCAGUUCUUGUUCAAGGUUCCUUGCAAGAAUGACCGUUUCGAGAGGUAUGUUCAUACGGGUGACUUUCGGUUUUGCAAAGCUAUGAUUUUAGAGCCUGUGAUGAGUGAAUUUGUGGGUUGUGAUGGGGUUUUCUUGGACACUACUUAUUGUAAUCCGAAAUUCGUGUUUCCUUCGCAAGAAGAGAGUGUUGAGUACAUAGUAAAUGUGAUUAAGAGAAUUGGAGGUGAAUGUAGUAAUGCUUUGGGGAAGAAUGUUCUGUUUCUUAUUGCGACUUAUGUGAUUGGUAAAGAAAAGAUUUUGCUUGAAGUUUCAAGAAAAUGUAAUAGGAAGAUAAUAGUGGAUGCAAGGAAAAUGGAGGUUUUGCGGGUUUUGGGGUAUGAGGAAAAUGGUGUUUUUACGCCGGAUGAGAGUGAGAGUGAUGUUCAUGUUGUUGGAUGGAAUGUGUUGGGGGAGACUUGGCCAUAUUUUCGGCCAAAUUUUGUGAGAAUGCAGGAGAUUAUGGUGGAAAGAGGAUAUGCUAAGGUUGUUGGUUUUGUGCCAACAGGGUGGACGUAUGAAGUAAAGCGGAAUAAAUUUGCAGUGAGGUCUAAGGAUUCCUUUGAGAUACAUCUUGUGCCAUAUAGUGAGCAUUCAAAUUAUGAUGAACUUAGGGAGUAUGUAAAGUUUUUGAAACCGAAGCGGGUUAUACCUACUGUCGGCAUGGAUAUUGAGAAGCUUGACAGCAAGCAUGCUAAUAAGAUGAGAAAGUAUUUUGCUGGAUUGGUUGAUGAAACGGCUAACAAGAAAGAAUUUUUAAUGGGUUUCCAGCGUGGGGCCCAUGAAAUUGAUCACAAAGAUGAAGUGGGUGGUGGCCCUUGCUUAAAUGAGGGGCUAGGCAAAGAGGAAGGGGGGAAGUCACAUGAAAUGAAAGCUGUUGAUAAUAACAAUUCAGGUGCAUUGUUGGAUUCCUCAUCUUGUUUGGAAGAACCUGGCUUACAGGAUCUUUCUGUGCAAGAUGAUGAGGAAAUAGAGAAAAUGGUGCAGGAACUUUGUGAUUGUUUACCUGCAUGGGUUACUCGGAACUUAAUGUUGGAUUUGAUUAGCAACUCAGGAAAGAACAUUGUUGAUGCAGUUUCUAAUUUCUAUGAACAUGAAACUGAAUUUUAUGAGCAAGUAGCUGCCUGCACAGCUUCUGUUUCUGCAUCCGAGACCAACUCACUGAAUGUUUCUGUGUCAGCUAUAAAACUAGAUACUGUUAAGAGCAUUCCUCAACCUAGUGUGAGCAAUCUUCUGGGUAAAGGCUUCAAGUCUCCUAAUGCAAAACAGUCAAUUAAGAGCAGCGUUUCUCCGGGCAAAAGGAAGAAAAGUAUUACCAGUAAGCCAAACAAAAAAGUAAAGAAGACUGCAAAAAUUGAAUCUAGUGGACCAAGGCAAUCUACGAUCACAAGUUUUUUCAAUAAACGUUUGCCUAUCACGUCUCAUGGUGGUGGGGUUGAACCGAAGUCAGAGCAAAGCCCUGAACAUGAAACUGCUUUGCCAAGUGAAGCUACCAAAUCAUACGGAGAGGAUAUAGAUCAGUUCAUUAAAAUAAUAAAUGGCAAUGAAUCCUCAAGGAGUUAUGCUGCCACCCUCUUAGAGAAGACAGAGGGAAAUAUUAAUAUGGCCCUGGAUUUAUACUAUGGUAAUCAUGAGGGUAAUCUUGGUGAGAAAGCAGAGAGGUUGAGAAAUUCAGUUUCCCAAUCUUCUACUAAAGACUGCUUUUCUACCCUGGAGAAAAAUGUGCCUGAGACUGAGGGAUUGGAACAUAUGUCAGAUAUGACUGUUCAGAGACCAUCAAAAGAACCUAUGGAUUCAACUCUUGUGUCACUACUGCCUGAAAAAUAUAAUCCUAUAGAGCAUGCAUGCUGGAGGAGUGGUCAGUCCGCUCCAUACAUUCACCUUGCACGAACGUUUGAUCUGGUUGAGGCUGAAAAAGGCAAGAUAAAAGCCAUGUUCAUGUUAUGCAAUAUGUUUAGAAGUUUGCUGGCUUUGUCACCUGAAGAUGUGCUGCCUGCUGUGUAUCUGUGUACAAAUAAGAUCGCUGCUGACCAUGAAAAUAUUGAACUAAACAUUGGUGGAAGUUUGGUGACAUCAGCACUAGAAGAGGCAUGUGGGACUAACCGGUCUAAAAUUAGGGAUAUGUACAAUAGGUUAGGCGACCUUGGUGAUGUUGCUCAAGAAUGCCGACAAACACAAACUUUACUUGCUCCUCCUUCUCCACUUCUUGUUAAAGAUGUAUAUUUGGUGCUUCGUAAGAUAAGUGUACAAACAGGCAGUGGAAGUACUGGACGAAAGAAAAGUCUUAUUGUGAAUCUCAUGUGUUCUUGUAGAGAAAAAGAGAUCAAGUUUCUUGUUAGAACUUUGGUCAGGAAUUUACGUAUUGGAGCAAUGAUGAGAACUAUUUUGCCUGCAUUGGCUCAAGCUAUUGUUAUGAACUCCUCCCUUAACUUUCUCGAAGGAAGAGCAGAUAAUUUAAAGGAGAAGCUUCAGUGCCUUUCUGCAGCAGCGGUUGAAGCUUAUAAUAUACUUCCCAGUUUGGAUUUGAUCAUUCCCUCUCUCAUGAGCAAAGGCAUUGGAUUUUCAUCAUCAGCUUUGUCGAUGGUUCCAGGAGUACCUAUCAAGCCCAUGCUUGCAAAAAUUACCAAUGGAGUUCCACAAGUGCUAAAGCUCUUCCAAAAUAAAGCUUUUACAUGUGAAUACAAAUAUGAUGGUCAGCGAGCCCAAAUUCAUAAAUCACCUGAUGGCACUGUGCGCAUCUUUUCACGAAAUGGGGAUGAAACAACAGCAAGAUUUCCUGAUUUAAUUAGCAUAAUUAAGGAAUCUUGUAAACCUGCUGCAGAGUCUUUCAUACUGGAUGCAGAGGUAGUUGCUAUUGAUAGGAAGAAUGGCUGCAAGCUCAUGUCUUUCCAAGAACUAUCUUCAAGAGAGAGGGGGAGCAAAGAUUCCUUGAUCACAGUGACUAGCAUAAAGGUUGACAUUUGUGUCUUCGUGUUCGAUAUAAUGUUUGCUAAUGGAGAGCAGCUGUUGGAUUACACUCUCCGUCAGAGACGAAAAUGCUUGAAAGAUUUGUUCUGUGAUGAAAAGUUGGGUUAUUUUGAGUAUGCAAAAGAAAUGACCGUUGAAGCGGAAGAUGCUAUUUUGACCAGCGAAGUCACAUUAGCUAAGAUAAAUAAUUUUCUUGAAAAUGCACUCCACUCCUCAUGUGAAGGGAUUAUGAUUAAAUCUUUAGACAUUGAUGCUCAAUAUUCUCCAUCAAAGCGUAGUGACACAUGGUUAAAGGUGAAACGAGAUUAUGUGGAAGGAUUGAAUGACUCUCUUGAUCUGGUCCCUAUUGGUGCUUGGCAUGGCAAUGGGAGGAAAGCAGGAUGGUUCAGUCCAUUCCUCAUGGCAUGUUACAACCCUGAGACUGAGGAAUUCCAAAGUGUGUGCCGUGUCAUGUCUGGAUUCUCUGAUUCCUUUUAUGUCGAGAUGAAGGAAUUUUUUUCUGGUGAUAAGAUCUUAUCCAAAAAGCCAUCGUACUACAGAACAGGUGAGGUUGCUGAUAUGUGGUUCUCUCCGGAACUUGUUUGGGAAAUAAGAGGUGCAGAUUUUACAGUGUCACCAGUUCACCAGGCUGCUAUAGGCCUGGUUCAUCCAUCCCGUGGCAUUUCAAUCAGAUUUCCUAGAUUCAUACGCACUGUACCUGAUAGAAAUCCGGAGGAAUGUAGCACAUCUACAGAUAUAGCUGAAUUGUUUCAAUCUCAGACUCGGAAGAUGGACGUGACUGUCAAAGCCUAAAUGUUGCCUAUGAUUAUCAAACAAGCUGUUGUUAGCACAAAAAAUUUGUUGUACAGUGUAGUAAAGUUUUGGUUGUACAGGAUAAUGCAGGUUUGGUUAUGAAAUAUGCAGUGGCUUUGUAAAAUUGUAUAAUCAUAUGCAAUAUAUUCAAUGCCUAUUUUAAUAUCUGUUGAGGUAAAAUGGGUAUUAUAAUUGAAGUUUAUCAAAGUGGAAUAAGCUUUGCAGAAGA